AUGACUGCUCGAAAGGCGGCCGGACGGGACGAGACGACGACGCCCGAGGGAUGGUGUGGUGAUUGGCUGGACCCUGACAGACCAAGCCCACAGUCAAUGGUGUGCUGCAUGCAGAGCUGCGUUCAGGAUAGCAUGCUGUUGCGCAGGUUCAACCCGCUUCCAAUCACAGCGCUAGAGCCGGUGUUGAGGACCGAGCCCGGCCAUGACAUGUGCUACCCUGUCUGCGGCAGCGUGUUCCCAGAGCUAUAUAUAUAUACUCAUUCACAUCACGGAAGCAGCAUGACGCGGGAGAAGGAGGACCAGGCCAUGGGAGAAGAGGGAGGAAGAAGAAGGCAGCGGGCUUAA